UCCCUGCGACUGUCGGGACUAUAUUCCAGAUUUUGAAGCUCGGAAUCCGAUUCCAUUCUAGGUUGUGGACUUCAUUUGUUCCGAUUGCCAAGAGAUCCAAGAUCAUAAGAAAACUCAACCAAGGAAAACAAUUUCUUGAUAAAUUAAGCUCACUCCAUUUCAAAUGCCAAAGCCUGAAGCCGCUACAGAAUCUCAAAUGGCCAGUGACAAGGACGCUACCAAUCUCUCUCGCACGUUUAAGUACUUAAUGGCUACCCAAUUCUUGUCAAGAGGCAUUCCAUUCAUCUUCAAUUUGUGGAUAGUGAGGCAUCUUACGGAAGAGGAUUAUGCGGUUUAUGCAGUACAAUUUCAUCUCUUUGUGACUUGUGUUCUGUUUCUUAGCCGGGAGGGAUUUCGACGAGCAUGCAUGCGGGCCGAGUUAAGUGACAGCACUUCAGUUGAGGAAAAUUCAAGGAGGCUACUUAAAGUAGCCUGGUUAAGUUUCCCACUUGGACUGGUUAUUACUCUUGCUGCAUGUUAUCUGGUUCUUUGGUGGCAAGAUAUUCCCUUUUCUAAUCCAUAUGCCCAAGCCAUCUUAAUUAAUGGAUGUGCGUGUAUUUUAGAGCUAUUGGCAGAGCCCUUGUACAUUCUUUCUCAGACCUUGCUUCUUCUUAAAUUGCGACUUCUAGUUGAAACCAUGGCUACAUUUUCACGUUGCAUGACGAUGUACAUCCUCCUAGUGAAGUCAAGUAACAUGGAGAAAGGAAUCAUAUUUUCUUUAUCACAAUCUGCAUAUGGCGCUUGCUUGUUCUUAGGAUACUGGGUCUACUUUAUUUAUUUUCGUGCAUUUAAAUGGUCAGAUCUUUUUCCUUUCAGAAUAGGAAACAUGAAGGAUUUUGAUAAGAAGCUUUCAAACAUGUGCAUAUUAUUUACUUUACAAUCCUUCAGAAAGUUGGUUCUUCAAGAAGGCGAAAAGAUGGUUCUUGUGUGGUUAGAUACACCAUAUAACCAAGCAGUCUAUGGUUUGGUAGAUAAAUUGGGAAGUUUAGUGGUGCGACUGGUUUUUCUUCCAUUUGAAGAAAGUUCGUACACUACAUUUGCAAGGUCUGCAUCAGGAGAACACCCAGAUAAAACCAGAAAGCUUGGUAUCUGUCUUUCAGAAGCUCUCAAGUUAGUUUUGCUGAUUGGCCUUAUAUUUAUGGCAUUUGGUCCAAGUUAUUCUUAUGCCCUCAUUAGGUUGUUAUAUGGCCAGAAAUGGAGUGAUGGAGAAGCACCAACAGCUCUCCGAUAUUAUUGCCUGUAUAUCAUCGUGCUGGCUAUGAAUGGGACUUCAGAAGCAUUCCUACAUGCUGUUGCAAAUGAGAGCCAGCUCAAGAAGUCAAAUGACUCAUUGCUUCUAUUCUCAUUGAUCUAUGUCAUGCUAAAUUUUCUGCUGAUCCGGUCAUCUGGAGUAGUUGGCUUGAUUUUUGCUAAUUCUAUAAAUAUGAUCUUGAGGAUAACGUACUCCGCCGUAUUCAUCAAACGCUACUUCAAGAACUCUUCAUUCUCCUUCAACAGCUGCUUGCCUUCAGGAUGGAUAUUUCUCUUAUUCUCAGGAGUUCUGACUCUUAUUUCAGAGAGACUAUUUCUGGACCAGCAAAAUUUUUGGUCAACAUUCUUGCUUCAUUUUUCGAUUGGCUUAAUUUGCUUCCUUGUGUCAUUAUUCAUCAUCUAUCGCCGUGAGAGAUCCUUUAUCAACAAAAUUAUUCGUUUCCGUCAACAUUCCGAUUGACAAGCAUUUCCCUGGGGAGCUGAACAUUAUAUUAAAGUUUCUUUUAUCUGACUGGAUAUGGCAACGGGAAAUGCUUGUUGAGUCUGCCACAAGUUCCCGUUCGAUUUGAAUCAGUUGUGAAGUUGUAGGAAAGCCAAAGAGGAUAAUAUCUCGAACAUAUCCAUGACAGGAGAAGGACAAAUGAAUACCGCCGAGCUUUGGUAAUCUCUCAGAAAUAACUCAGCAAGAUAAUUACUGAUCAGUAGUCUAUGAAUGCUAAUUUAUCUUCACUAUGCUCUCAAGUUAUCCGAUAUCUUGACAUAAGUACAUUAUAUCCUCUAUCAGUUUUGUCAUCUGAACUCCAUUUUUAUGACCAUUUGAUUCAGAUAUUUCUUUGCUGAUGAGAUCUGAUUUCUGAUAUUUGCAUGCAAUCCCCUUUUUUUGGUCUACUUCAUCAAGCAAUUAUACAUAGAAAUAUGUUAAAUUCAUGAAGUAAUAUUACCUGAAUCAUUUUUUAUAAAUGAGAUCAGUUGAUUUCAGACUAAACUUGGUCAAAGUUUGAAUGAUUAGGAGUAUUUGCUCGUCAUGUGCAAAGGUACGUUAAUAUUUUUUAUUCCAAGUAUAAUGAUGAUAUUAUCUGAUAUAUAUGGUGUGAUAUUAGAUAUGGCUUUUUAAGCAUCAUCCAUUAUUGAUUAUUCUGCUGAAUUCUUUUAUUUCAUAAGAGGCCCUGUUUCUUCAUUUAGGAUCUCUGAACAAAAGUAGUUGCCAUGUCCCUUUGAAGAGGCACUGUUAGUAGAAACAUAGGAGCGGAAAUUAACAAAAGCCAGAGUGAAGGGCACUUUAGAAAGGCACUUUUUUUCCCAAUAUCUUUUCUAAAAGCCUUGCAUAUGACUAAUUAUCCAAUGGAAUACUUUCUAUGCUCUUCCAACCAUUAACUAGUCAUAGUGGUUGACAACUGAAAACCAAAACUUCUUCCAAUCUGCUGGUUUCCCCCUGAUUUCUUCUAUUUUCAACUGUGUUCUUCACACUGUCAUGUCACAAGGAUGUCCUAUUAGUUUCUGCACUUCCAUCUGCAAGUGAAAAUGAAAGUUACCCUUGAUUAUCUUCUACACUUGGUUUUAAAAACAAUGGCGAAAUUCGAAACUACUAUACAUGUGACAUUGUUUAUGCUCCUUGGUUAGUUAGAUGAACACCUAAAGCAGCGUGUUCCUUCAUUUGAAUUGUGGGAUUCAAGUUCAAUUCUUCUUCCUGUUUGUUAUCUCUAAUGAAGCAACACGUUGAGUGAAGAGCAUGCCAUAGGUUUUUUCGACCCGUUGUAUCUGCAAGCUGUUUUAUAUUCUUCGAUAAAAGCUCGAUUGGUAGAAGGAGAUGGGCAAAGGAGCAGAGGUGAUGAUGGUUCAUGGUUUUGUGGGUUGGCCUCCAAUUUCAGGUGUGAAGAAAUUAUAAUCGAGAGAGGUAAUUAUAAGGUUUGAAAGCGUGGAGAGAAAAAGGUAACAAAAAGAUGGAAAAGGUGAAAUGGAACUUAUGAUUAAGAUGAAGACUUUGGGGGUUUUUCUUUAGCCAUUGUAUCCAACAAAACUCAUCAUACAAAUGUUCCAUGUUCUAAAGCAGAAUGAUGAGAGUUCUUGAGUCU